AUGACAGACCGAGCGAACUUCGUGCCCCGCCAAGGCAAUUUCAACGAUAAUGUCCUUCCCAAUGAUCCGUUGUUCCUCAGGCUUUUGACCAUCGCGCACGGCAGACACGCCGGAAGACCGCUAAUUCGCGACAUAAAUGCAGGGCUCGAGGCCACCGCCCACACCCUCCUCAGCGAUGUCUUAACUUUCAGGCAAGAUAUCGUCAAAUCUUUGGCACCGAAGACUAUUCGGGAUCUUGACAAUGGGCGCGAUGUCUUAAUCAGUCUCUUUGCCGAAGGAGGCUACGAGUUCUCCGUGGCUAUUUUGGCCGUACUCGCCCUCGGAGCCUGUGCAUCGUUACUUAGCAUAGCAAUGCCUACAAAGGAGCUGACCUAUUAUAUUGAAAAGACCCAUUCGGUGAUGAUCCUUGCUUCAAAAAAAGGCUGGAACUCGGCGAAAAAGUUAGAAGUCCAAAUUCGAAAUCAGGGCUUGGGAAAUGACUUCGUCGCACUCCCUAUCUCGAUCGAUGGGAAUAACCAUGCAGGACUUGUGCCCCUCGCGCAGAUAUUUAUAUCGUCCGGGCCCCAGCAUGAUCCAAAUGGGCCUGGAACCAUCAUAUUCACCUCCGGUACAACGGGACCACCUAAAGCCGUUGUCCUCAGGCGCUCAACAAUCACAACAGGAGCACAAUCUCUUGCAGAUCAGCUGGAUCUUCAAGCAACGGACACGCUUCUACAUCCACUCCCUGUGCACCAUGCCACAGGUGUGAAUCUUUCAUUUUUUCCAUUCCUUCAAGCUGGAGCAUGCAUCGAGUUCAAAUCUGGCGGGUUCGACUCUCAGUGGAUAUGGGAUCGGUUGCGACAAGGGGGUUUGACACAUUUCACUGGAGUUCCAACCAUUUACAUGCGCCUCAUGCGACAUUGGGAGAAGCACAUCAGCCAUCUGCCACCAAACAUCAUGAAAGAUUAUCGCAACGGAGCGGCAAAUAUCAAGGUGUUGUUCUGCGGCACGGCGGCAUUAUCACAAGCCAUCGAUCGCUUCUGGAAGGAGCUUCGAGGUGGUCAUCCCAUUGUGCAACGGUACGGGUCGAGCGAGACGCAGAUCGUAAUCAACAUGCCCAUCGACAGCGGAAAUAGCCAUGACGUACUGCCGGAUGGCUCAGUCGGCAAGGCUUCAGUCGGCGUGGAAUUGAAAAUAGCAGGUAACGCUAAUCAGGGCGAGCUGCUGGUCAAAUCCCCACACAUGUUCUCGUGUUAUCUGAACGACAAGGCCGCCACACUCGAGGCUCACGAUGAUGAUGGCUACUACAAGACUGGUGACAUAGCUAGUCGGGCAGGAGACUAUUAUCUCAUCCUAGGUCGUGCAGAUAUCGACAUCGUCAAAUCAGGCGGCUACAAGAUCUCCGCGCUAGAUAUUGAACGGGAAAUGCUUGGUCUCUCAUAUGUGAACGAGGCGAUGGUGAUCGGGGUGCCAGAUGACGAGUUCGGACAACGUGUAGCCGCGGUGGUGGCCAUUCGAAAAAAUGCUAGUAUGACAACACUGACACUGGAUAGGUUGCGGAUGGACUUAAGGUCGAGGCUGGCAGGCUAUAAGUUGCCAACCUUGCUCCGGGUGGUCGAUGGAGAGCUGCCAAAGAAUGCUACGGAGAAAGUGGUGAAGAAGAAAUUAGGACCGUUAUAUUUCCCCCCUAACUAUCGGGAGGAUGGUGGUGUCCAGAUAUGGAAGACACAGGCGCAGAAAGAGGAGAGAAUCGUGAAGCUAUGA